UCAUCAUCAUCUUCAACAUCACCAUCACAGUCAACAUCAUCAUCUCCGUCACCAUUACCAUCACAAUCACCAUCACCAUCAACAUCGUCAUCGCCAUCGCCAUCCCCAUCGCCAUUGCCAUCGCCAUCGCAAUCGCCAUCGAGAUCGCCUUCGCCAUCGCCAUCUCCAUCGAUAUCGCCAUCGACAUC